AUGUGCACUUGCUAUAAGUGCUUCCUCAAGCCUGUAUUAGGACUUGGCAUCUCUGUGGGUUUGUACUUCGCUUGCAGGAAGGUUGUGAGGCAAGGGAUAGGACUGGUCUUAUUUAAUUUAUCCUGGACUUUUAGGGUUUUGAGAACUAGAUCCAUCCCUAUAGAAGGGACUGAAAUUUUAUCUCUGUGGGGAGUUGUAUUUAAUGCCCUGGCUGGGGUGUCUCUCAUCUCCAAUCAAUACCUGCUGAGUUUCGGGGUUUUGGAAGUCCGGGAACCAGAGAGAACUGAGCUCAAAUUAGUUUUACAAGAGCUGAAGCCAACACCCAGGCACCAUUCUGUAUCGACCAGACCUAUAAACAUUGGAACACGAUUAACAAAAAUCACAGCCACAAUCACAGAACAUCCCUCUCGGGUUCAACCUCAGCAUUCAAACGUGGGAUCUUCUGCUCUCAAGGCACUGGCACCUACCCACAGUGUUACCCAGAGGGUUAAAGACACCUGCUACAGAGGAAUGUCCAUGCAGAAGCCCGUAUAUCACAUUUCAGUAGGGAGCAGUGCCACACCUACCUACAGGUCACAGCUUCAUUUCUGCCCUGAAGGAUCUGCUUCGCCUACCCCCGCUUUAUUUAAAAAAUCCCUUUCUGGCAGCUCCUUGAGGCCAUUUUUAUACUUGUGUUUGUUUAUUGUCUCUUUGAGAACUUAUCAGAUUAAUAUGUUUGAUCGCUGCAUGGUGAGCCUGAUAAGUUUUAUUAGUAUAAAGUGCCUCUUCUCAUCAUACUUUUAGCUAUAUACAUUUGUUGGACUAUUAAAAUCUACGUUCUACAGCAAUCGUAGCACUAUCAGUCAUCUAUUUAAUAGGAGCAUGUGCUUCCAUUGUAAGUCAGACUUAUUAAGGACAUCAUUCAAAGCUUAGAAAUCACCAGUGCCUCUUUGGGGUGGGGAAAGAGGGAAAGAAGAAUCUCAAUUGGACCAUGAAAUCUGUAGCUGCUUAGCAGUGAAAAUUAUUGGUGAACAUCUGUAUGCAGUACCCCUUUCUCAAGGGGGCAAUGUAUGAAUGCAUUCGUAUGCCCGUCAGCA